AACUAAACAUGGCUGCGCCUUUGGUGUCACAGAAAACAAGUUUGCUGAAAUCUAAGUAAUUACUCGCGGCGUAUAGAAUUCAUUGGCGUAUAUUAUUUUUAUUCUUAUUUCACACAUAAAAUACACAUAUUCUUCGACAUGAGCUUAGCGCGAAUGUGCGGAGUAGUAUGGCCGUCCAGGCUGAUUACUCUUAAGCUGAAAGACGCCUUGUCACAAGGUUGGUCAAAGUUUCCAGCCAGCGGUUUGGGGAGGGGUGUUUUUGUUGGCACACCCAAACAGCAGACGUCACAACACGGCUUCUGCACCUCCACGCAACCCUCCAGAGACGUCACCCUGUUCGAACACGACAGGACAGGCUUCUUCCGCCUCCUGUCUCUCUUCUGCGGCGGCCAGUGCCUCUUCUGGACGUACCUGGCCCACUUCGCCUACACCGGCCUGAGAGACACAGGAGCUACACGGGGACAGGGGGGAAGAAAAGCUCCCACCAGCACCGCCUUGGCUGGGAUGUGGAGUUUUGAAAUGAACCUGGGAUCCCGCACCUGGAAGUACGGCUUCACGCUGGGAUGUAUGACUAUUGGAGCAGGCAUUCUGGGAUUGGGGUUUUUGUUUUGUCGGCGCUCUGUCAGCCAGGUGGUUUUACACAAAGGUGGAAGGAUGGUGUCCGUUUCCACGCAAUCGCCCCUGGGAAUGGGCCGUGGCCGGAAAAUAACAGUGUCGUUGUCCCAGGUCACCUGCCAUGCUCACAGACAAGAGUCUCCCUCAUUCAUCCCCCUCAAAAUUAAAGGCCACAAGUUCUACUUUCUUUUGGACAAAGAUGGCACUUUGAACAAUGCAAAACUGUUUGAUACAACUGUUGGGGCAUACCGGCCUGUUUAAUUUGACUUUCUUUCCCAAGCUGGGGUAAAAACUCCUAAUUUGUGUGAUGUGUCAUCUUACAAAUAAACACAAUUUGCCACAGUUCCACAAGUAGUG